AUGAACAUGAUGCUGCUGCUGCACAUCGGCCUUGACCGUUGGACAGCUGUCAGCGCGCAGCAGCGAGAGUUGCGGUCGUUAGGUAGGGUUUCAGAGCCGCAACUAUCAGAGGAUCGAAAAGUGGCCAAGACAGUCUGGGGUCAUCACCCUGCCCAUGGUGGCGUGGCCAAUGCAGCCCUAGUCCUCGAACCGGCCGUAUUCGCCAACCUCUCCGCUGCCAGCAUCGCGAAGCAAAUGAUGCCCAAGAUCCACAGCACCAUAGAUCUCGAUGAGGCUUUCAAGAAAGACCCACUGGAUUUCUUCAUAUGUUUUGGCUCUUUGGGAACCACUUUCGGGAAGCCCGGGCAUGCAAUCUAUCACGCCGGAAACGCCUUCAUGCUGAGUCUUGUGGCAAACUGCAAGCGGCGAGGUCUGACAGGAUCGAUUUUGGACUUCAGGAUGCUGGUCGACGCGGAUUUCCACCAUGUUAUUCUCCAGGGUAUUGCCACUGGCGACCGGACUCUCCUAGCCACGAGGCCAUUAUGGGUGUUGAUGUGUACCAAGAAAAGGACAGACCUCGAGGCCAACGUGGUGGGAACUGCAGCUCUUUCACGUAUGGUGCGUCGCGUUUCCGAAGCCCAGCAGGGUGGUGAUGCACCCUCAGCUGGAAGUCAGCAGUCAAGACUAGACAAUGCGAUGACGGUCGAUGAAGCAAUUUCUCCUGUCACCGAGCUACUGUCACAGAAGGUUAACUUGAUGAUCCGUGUUUCGCUAGACGCCAUCCAUCCCGAUGAGCCCUUGUCACGGCGAGGGAUUGACUCGAUCAACGCCAUCGAAAUCCGCGAGUGA